UGAGUAUCCAGAGGAAGUAUAGCGUCAUUCGAACAUCUGACCAAUGAGCAUGCGCUUUCUUUGGUCGGGCGUGCCUGUAGCAACCAUCACAUUAGCCUAAAUGACAACAUAUCACCGCCAGCUACGAGGCUGCUAACAAAUCCCCCUGACGGCACAAUACCCGCUGAAGAUAAACUGGACUAUUGCAUGACUGGGGAUGUCUGCAGCCGACUGGUACGCCCAUAAGUCGCUGGGAGACGGACUCUUCUGGAUCCAGGAGCGAUUCUACCAGUCGGAGAACCGAGCCAACAUCUGGCUUCUCCGCGGCACCCAUCAGGACGUGGUCAUAGACACGGGUCUGGGCUUGAGGAGCUUACCUGAGUACAUCGACGCCAACGGGCUGCUCGGGAAAGACCCGCAGAGGAAGAACCCGCUGCUGGCGAUUGCCACCCACGCCCACUUCGACCACUCGGGGGGUCUGCAUCAGUUCCAACAGGUGGGCGUCCACAGCGCUGAGGUCGAUGCCCUGGCGAACGGGGACAACUUCGAGACGGUUACCUGGCUCAGCGACAGGGAGAUAGCCGUGGCUCCCAGUCCGGGAUGGAGGGCGAGACACUACAAAGUCAAGGCUGUGCAGCCCACACACAUCCUGCAGGAGGGCGAUGUUAUUAACCUUGGUGACAGACAGCUGACGGUGCUUCACAUGCCGGGUCACUCUCGGGGCAGCAUCUGCCUCCACGACCACGACAAUAAGCUGCUGUUCAGCGGAGACGUUGUGUACGACGGUGCCAUGAUUGACUGGCUGCCCUACAGCCAGGUCAGCGAUUACAUCAGCAGCUGCGAGCGUCUCAUUGGGCUGGUGGACAGCGAGCAGGUUGACCAAGUCCUCCCAGGACACUACAACACUUUUGGCGCAAAGCGGCUCCAUCGACUCUCGUCCGCGUACAUCAGCAGAGCUGGAACGUGCCCCGCAAAGUUCUCUACGCUUGUCUGGAGAACGCUGUCCGGUUUGGCUCUGCGGGCGUCCAACCCUCGCUGUGCCUGCUAAUGCGAGUGGACGGCGGACGCUGGGGGGAAGCACAAGCGCACACAGAAAGAUGCUUCAACGUGGAGGACCUAAAACGAUAAAACAUGUAAUUUAACCGAACUCAUUUAAUUGCCAAACUCUAUAUAAAAUGUCUCACUUGAGUCUAUAGCUUCCUAUGAAGUAUACAAUAUAAAGUAUUUAAAGUGUUAUUCUGUAAUGUAUUGAUCAGUAUGUGAAUGUUGGUGUUGGUAUGAUUUUAGGUGUGUUUUCUUUUUUUUUUUUUUUAAGUGUUUUAAGUAAAUAUGAACUUAUAAUAGCACAACAGUAGUACAGCUGUGCACUACAAACAGAAAACAGGGAGCUUUGGGUUCUUCUCUGUGACAUUUCAGUCAGCAUGGCCAUAGCUUUUCUCUAUGCAGUCCACAGUGAAGACCCAGCAGUGACUACCUCCUAUGUUUGUAAUUGUGCUUUGUACUGUUGAUUAUUAAUCUAUGGCUUUGCUAUGAAAUCUCUGACAAUAAAGUAUUUGUUCAGCCUGACUAUAUUA